CGCUCCGCGCCCCGCUCAGCGGCUCCCGGCGGGCAGCGCCCCAGCAUGAGCGGCGGGCGCCCGCAGCCCCCCCCCCGGCGGCCGCCGCGCAGCCCCCCCCCCGGCCGGCGGCGCAGUAGGAGCGCGGAGCCCCGCGGAGCCCCGCGGAGCCGGGCGCGGCGCGGGUGGGGCAGGGGGCGAAGGGCGGGGGCGUCCGCGCAGCCGGGGUUGAUGUUUAACCUGGAGCGCCCGUUCACGGAGAGGGGCCGCUUCUUCUCCUCCAUGGAGUACCAGCGGCAGCUGGAGGAGGAGGAGGGCUACCCGCCCCCCGGCGCCAACGGGACCUUCAACGACAGCGGGGCCGGGCCGGGCUGGGGCGCGCCGUACCCCCUGCACACCACCGUCACCCUCGUCAGCCUGGUGGGCUUGCUCAUGCUCUUCACCGUCUUCGGCAACGUCCUGGUCAUCAUCGCCGUCUUCACCAGCCGGGCGCUCAAGGCCCCCCAGAACCUCUUCCUGGUCUCCUUGGCCUCGGCCGACAUCCUGGUGGCCACGCUGGUCAUCCCCUUCUCCCUGGCAAACGAGGUGAUGGGGUACUGGUACUUUGGCAAAGUCUGGUGCGAGAUCUACCUGGCCUUGGACGUGCUGUUCUGCACCUCCUCCAUCGUGCACUUGUGCGCCAUCAGCCUGGACCGUUACUGGUCCAUCACGCAAGCCAUCGAGUACAACCUCAAGCGCACCCCGCGCCGCAUCAAGUGCAUCAUCUUCAUCGUCUGGGUCAUCUCGGCCGUCAUCUCCUUCCCGCCGCUCAUCUCCAUCGAGAAGAAGAGCGGGCAGCAGGCUGACCAGGGGGUGGCAGAGUGCAAGAUCAACGACGAGAAGUGGUACAUCAUCUCUUCUAGCAUCGGCUCCUUCUUUGCCCCCUGCCUCAUCAUGAUCCUCGUCUACGUGCGCAUCUACCAGAUAGCCAAGAGGCGAACCAGGGUACCGCCGAACAAGCGGGCGGAGCACCCCGAGAAGAGGCAGAACGGCUUGGCCGACAAGGAGGACCUGCCAGCCACAGCCCAGCUCAACGGGGAGAAGGCGGCAGGAGGUGGCGGCGGGCAGGAGGGAGAGGUCAACGGCAUAGACAUGGAGGAGACCUCUUCCUCCGAGCACCAGGAGAACAACCAGUGUAAGAAGUCAGAGAGACCGUCGAGGGGAAAGACCAAGACUAAGCUGAGCCAGAUUAAGCCUGGGGACAGUUUGCCCAGGAAGGCGGAGGAGGAGAGGAACACCAAAGGGUCCCGGUGGAGGGGCAGGCAGAACCGGGAGAAGCGCUUCACCUUUGUGCUGGCCGUGGUGAUCGGGGUCUUUGUCAUCUGCUGGUUCCCCUUCUUCUUUACCUACACGCUGACGGCCGUCUGCAAGAGCUGCUCCGUGCCCGACACCCUCUUCAAGUUCUUCUUCUGGUUCGGUUACUGCAAUAGCUCCUUGAACCCCGUCAUCUAUACCAUUUUCAACCACGACUUCAGACGGGCCUUCAAAAGGAUCCUCUGCAGGAUAGAGAGGAAAAGGAUUGUUUGAAGGACCCUUUGCUAUGGGCAGGACUAAUUCAGGACUUUGUAGGAGAGUAAGGCAUGGCUCUCUUGGGCUGUGCUUGCAUGGGAUGGUUUCCUUCAGCUCGUGAGCAGGAAGCCUUUAAAACCCGAGAUGAGCCUACGGAAACGCCGGGCAGCAGCAGCGAGGAGCAGCAGGCAAGUGGACGCCCGAGCCGUGGCAUUCGGCUUUCCAGGGCAGGAUGGCCUUUGACUUGCUUGGUUUAUUUUGUCAGGUUUUUUUUUUUUCUUUUGCCGGAGUGUCUCGGUGGAUAUUUUCAUGACUGCUCAGUUUGACUGUUUGAAGACAAGCAACGUGCAGCUCUGUGAGAUGAACAACAAAGAGGGAGUAUGCCACCCCAGAGGUGUUGGCUUUUUUAUUUUAUUGUAUCUUUUUUUUUUCCUGUUGUAUAUGUAAUUAAUUUUAAUCCCCUUGUAAAAUACAGUAUUGUAUCCCUGAAUCUGAAUGUCUUAAUUUUUGUAAGGCGAGCAGCUUUGAAACUGUGAAUGCUUUAAUUGUCUUUGACACCUUAAAAGUCCCUCUCUUCCCACCCCCCAAAAACCCCCUCACUCAAAACCACUGAACAACUAGAGCCAUUCCCUCUACCUGACAGUUUGAUAAUAUUACCAAAAUUUCCAAUGUCCUGUCAUUUUUUUUUUUUUGGCUACAAAGCUUAGGAUCACAGACCUCACCAGACUGGCUAUUUUUGUUGGUAUUUUUUAUAUCGUACCUGCUUCGGUUUAAUUUCUGUGUUGCCUGUGAUAUAAUACAGCUGAGAUGGUAACUGCCCUCUCGUUAUUCAUGAAAGCAGAGCCUGACGGAGCGGUGGCUUUGCUGUGCAGGCAGGGACGUCCCGGGUGAUGAAGUGACGGGCUAUUUCCCGUGCAAUGUGAGGCUUGGGACCCGGCCAAGCUCCUCACGAGUUAAUCUUGGUUGAUAUUAUACCACACCGCAGCACUGAAAUGUGUUCGAUGCUAACUUGCUUCCCCUGCCUCCAACUGUAAAUAGGUAACAUUUCAAAGCAAAUAGCAGGGCUCCGUAUAUCAUGUUAUCUCAUUUGUAUUGAUUUGUGAUGGCUUAACUCCUGCGGGAUUUCCUGCAGAAGAGGAGGGGGUUUGUGCAUAGGGGCUGUUCCGUCUUUCUGAAUUAAGGGAGAAGAGUUCAGUUUUUAAUCUGCCAGUCUCAUCUUCCCUAGGAAAUAUGAAAGCAUCCCUCUUUCAGUCUUAUACAGGGCGAAACUCUGAAAUGGGAAACUUAACUGACAGUUUCUCCAGUAUUUUAUAGUGUAAUUAAGCUUUUUUUUUUUAAAAAAAAAAAAAGAAAGAAAUGUGUAAAUAUUGUGAGAUUGGAGCAGGAAAGAGAGUUAAUACUGCUUUUACACUCCUUUCCUGAAAUGUCUUUCAGCUCUUUCUGCUAAAAAAAAAAUAAAAUACAAAAAUGGACAGAACAAAUCUAAUAUCCUUGUGCCAUGAAGAAAUUUCUGUAGAACAUUAAAAGGAAAAACUUUUGAUUCAUCACAAUAAAUGAGCCUGCAAGCCUUUUAAUGUUAAGAAAACAGCUUUAUCAAAUACUGACAAGUCAUAGAAAUUGUUUGGAGAAAGCAAAGUUUGUAGAAGUCUCAUGUAUAAGAUGAAUUUGCCUUCUCUGGAGUCAUACGGUGCACAGGAAGAGACUCUAAAAAACAUACCUUUUUACUUUUGGGAAGUGUUUUGUUGAUUUUGCUCUCUCUCUUUUGACUUUGUAAUUAACUCCAAGGGUCCCUGGAUGCAUCUUGGGACCUGGAGAGCAAUGUUUACAUUCACUUGCAUUUUCAGAAUUGAGUCCUCAAAAGGUGAGGAAAGCAAAUAAACUGUGCUUUAAUGUAAAAAAAAAACAAAACCAUGAGCAGAAGUUGCUAUAAUGGAUGAUUAUUUUUAUUAAAUAAAAGAGCGUUUACAGAUCAA